AGUGCCAUUGCAGGCCUAAACCACCAUGGUGGACGGUCAAACACUCACUGGACAAAAAAAUGGAGGCCAGACCAACUCUGAGCGAUAUUAAUGUAUCGGAGAACAUCAAUUGGUAUGACCAAGCUCCUCAGGUUAUACAGUCUGUUCUGAGGAAAAUUGACGAUACCGAAUUGUCAAGAGCAAGACAGUACAUAGCAGAAGAGGUGGGAAUUGUCCUGACCAGAGUAAAUGCAUCAUUGUAUAGCUUGCGCUUGGCAAAUGCUGUACUAGAAGAGGAAAAUGGAAAAAUUGUGUCCUCAUCUGAUCCAAAUGAGAGAGAGAGGCGCAAUGAGACGCUUGAAGAUAUUCAAAAUUUCCUUAAGUCCUCCCUUGAGACAAGGACGGACCUCGCCAUUGUGUUGGAGCAUCUACAAAACAUCAAUGAGGACUUCUUAGGGCUGGAGGAGGAUACAAAAUUCAAGGAGGUUAGAAACAUCACAGGGGCAUGGGUAGAAAUGAAGGAUGCAGAGAUCUGGAGGUCCAUGUCAAACAUUGAGUCUGGUGUCCUGCGUAUUCGCCAGCUGUGCAAACAUUUUUUUAACAUUAAGGCAAAGAAAGCUACAAAAGAGAAGAAUGCAGACAAGAAGGCAACUGAUGUAUGGUAUUGGUGGAGGGAGACCCGUGUGGAUGCACGCAUGUUGCUGAAAAUCCAGGAGCUGCAGCCUCCCUCGACUAAGCGCAUGCUGCAAGAUGCCCAGCUGGGUAUCAAGGCUGCCUCAGACCUCUCCUUCAUGCUGGAAGACAUGGCCAAGUCGUUUGCUCAUAACAAAGCCAUGAACAUGGCUUUCCAGUUUGCACAGACAGGCUUAAGUAACCUCAGCCGUGCACUAAAAGAACGGUCACAGGAGGUUCAAGCUCUUCAGAAUGAGGUGGACAGGCUGCAGUCUCAGGAGACACCUGCCGAAAUGGAACGGCUACGUAAUAAGCUCAACAUGGCAAAUGAAAAGACAACCCAACUGACACAGGAAAACAACACUCUUAAAGGAAACAAUGCGUGGCUCCUCAAACAGUGUGAGGAACUGAAGAACCAAGCCCCUGUUAAAGUAGAAUAUUUUGUGGAUUCCCAGGACUAUGCACCGACUCCAACACCACCACCACCACCACCACCACCACAACCAACCAAGCCUGUUAAGAGGUGGAGGUCUAUAAUGGAUAAAGUGAAGACCGAGCUAAAACAGGCACCUCAGAUUAUAUAUGUGGAGAAGGAGAGAAGUGAGAAGAAGAGUGAUGAGCCAGUAGCUAGCCCACAGGUGGUGGAGGAGGACCCCAAGGAGACUAAGUCACCUGUGUCAGAGGAGGCCAUUGCCUUCAAAGAGGUAGAAAAGAAAAACAAAAGGCUGCUGAGUACCUUCCAGGACUAUAUUUUUGACCUCAUGAAAAACUGCCUCGAGAAUAAUAUGCCAGCUCAAUUGGAGAAAAUGGACCUGGAUGCCCAUAAGGCCAAUGAUGCAAUGCAGCUCUACCAGACUCUCCAAAACACCCUUCGUGCUACUUUUGAAGAGACCAUCUCCAACUUGAACGUCAGUUUCUCCACAGGUAUGCUGGAUCUGCCUGUAAUGGAUGAACAUCUGAAGAAGUCUGAAUAUUUUAACAACACAGCCACACCGGGACAGAUGCUACAGGACGUCCGAAAGUCAUUGAAAACACGUGAUGAAGAUUUUGAGAAUGCGUCUGGAUGUAUGCAGAACCUUCUAAAGGAUUCGUUGGACCCGGCUGAAGGUGUGUUUCAGCAGCUGCAGAGCAUCCAUAACAAAGGCAAAGAGCAGUCCUGCAAGAUGCUUCUGGUCUGGGAAAAUCUAACGGAUGUUUACAACGAUGUGCACUCCAAGCCGGCGUCCAAAGUUGAGACAAAAAUGCAGCAAUGUCCUCAAAAGCAUCACUUGCCCCCUUUACCACCUGUCUCUGAGAAACCCAGAGAUCAGAAAAAAAUCAGACAGCUCAGUCAUAAAGAAGUGGCUCCACCUGAAAUGCUGGGGAGAGUGGGAAAGAGUCGAGUUGUGAAAAUCAACACCCAGCAGCCUCUUGAAAUGCCGCAGAUUCAAUCUAAACCAUUCCGAGAACUUCUGAAGCAUUAUGAGCAAGAAAUAGUGUCAGAGGGUGAGAGGAUUAUGAGAGGUGAGAUGAGGGGAAGUGAAUACCAGUUGAGCAUGGCAUCCCAGAUGACCAAUCUAAGAAUCUUGCACCAGGCUCUUCUUAAUAAGAACAUAUCUUCAGAGCUAUACUGUUUUGCCAAAGACCUCAUCAAGUGCAGUCUGAGUGCUAAUGAAAUGCGGCUUACUUGCCUUAUGAGGAAGUUCAUUGCCUUCCGUGCCCUGCAGCAAAUCAGGAGCAAUCUAAACGUCAGAGUUAUUUCUGCCCGUGAGUAUAAUGAUGGACCAGAACUGAGAGACCUAUAUAUCUUCCUGACUAAAAUAGAGUGGUAUAACAACUCAGUGAUGCAGCGCUGGAGAGUGAAGCAAAUGACCUUUGAGGACAAGCGCCAUACCUGUUUAGCCAAAAUACUCUAUUUGUUUAGAAAGUUUGAGUUGGAUUUGGGUGUGAACCUCAUCAAACCUUAUGUCCCUGCUGAAAAAUCCAAAGUGCAGCAGUUUCCAACCCUAAAACCCCAGCUGACUUUGAAUGUUAGCCCUUACCAUCAUUCCCCCCAACCACGUGUCACACCUUACUUGACCAAGCCAGAACUGGGGGCUCUACCCCAGCCACAUGUGAGGGAGCUGGGCAAACCAAAGGCUACUGCCACGUGGAGUUUCAACAUUACCAUGGACAACAUGCAGCUGGCCAGGAAGCACCCAGUGAUGCUUGAUGUACCACCAACAACAUUCCCACGCUUGCUCGAGAUGGACAUAACUCGCAGCAGACAGAGAGCUCUUCGUAUAGCACAGGCUAGGGUAAUGGCCCCAGUGCUUUCAAGAGGAGACAUGUAGAGCCUGUGUUUCUACAAAUCUAUUUUAAUACAGCAAAAUACAAUAGUGUAUGAGAAAUCAAUAAAGACUUUAUAUCUCA